GAAUGAAAGUUUUGCCGAGCGAAUAAUUUUUAAAGAAAUCGCACGGGAUAAAAUCUGCCUAAUUCUACCGACUUUAUCGCGGCUACUAUGGGGAUACGAGCCGAUGCGUUGUCAUGGUUGAAAAGGAAUUUUCUCUUCGACUAAUGAGACCGAUUUUCUGCGAUUCGGCGUCAACUCGACGCAAUAAUUCGACAUUUGGCAGCUAAUGUAGAUCACAUCUUGUGAAUACCAGCUAGUCAUCAUAUUUUCGGCCGACUUUGGAGCAGGUUCGUCGAGUUAAGUCCACUGUUUCGAUUGUGCUUUGGUCUCUAGUGUGGAUGGGUUCAUAUUUCAUCAACGGUUACAAACAAUACAGAAACUACUACAGAUUUCUGUGAAGUGCUCUUACAAUUCCGCUAAUUGUCCGGAGUCUUCUACUAUCGCAGCUAUCUUGUAAAUUUUCAAUAGACGAUCUGCAAUAUGGGAUCGUGGGCUUUUGUCGUUUUCGCGGUACCUGGACGUGACUCUUCAAAAAACCACGUUCGAUUACGAUCACAUUGAACCAAAACUACAUAACAAUUUUGCGAGUAACUGUGUACGAUAAUGUGCAUCGACGAUGGUGAUGCUAAGAAAUUAUCGGAUCACAAAAAAUUGCUUAAACUUUUUACUUUGUUUGAGACACAUUUGAUUUUAUCAAAUCGACCACUUGUCAUGAUGGCUUCACACUCUGUAUUGAUGGAGCGGGUCGGCUUUAGUAUACCAUCCCACGAUUUCACUAUGGAGCUUUUAUAGAAUCUCACUUUACAUGAUUUUCAAUUCAUAGAGCUCACUUAUAUGAUUGAACCUGUAUCUAAUAAGAAUUCUUGAAUUCUUUUAAGUCAGACUACUUUGGAAUUUAUGAAGAAACAAAUACAAAAUUACUAAAAAGAAAAUUUCAAAAAAAAUACAAACGCUUUUGACAAAAAACAUAUUCUGUAUUUCGUAUUUUUCUCAAAAUUUCAUAUAAAAAAGUAUUACUGCAAAUUCACUACCAUUUCACUGCAAAACUCUGCAUAAUCCACAAUGUCCACAUAUUUUAAUUAUCCUUCGCGCAGCUUAAUUGAUGAACUACGUCAUAUAGCAGCGGAACUUAUGAAACUGGGGCAUGGCAUUGUGGUCACAGACGAGUCUCCCUCACAGCUGGAGCGAUUAAUGGAAAUGUUUGGUAUAAAUUCCUCGAAGGAGAUGCGCAUCCAGUACCGAAGCCUGUUAUUCUCAGUUAAGGAAUCACUGGACGAGUACGUCUCUGGCGUUGCCGUGCAUCCGGAGGUAUUGGAUCAAACCACAGCUAACGGAUGUGCGUUACAUUGUCAGUUGCGACGCAAGAAUGUGUUGGUUGGAGUCACCGUAGAUAAGGGGCUUGUACCCUUGUUAUGUACCUAUGGAGAAUAUACUACGCAAGGACUUGACGGUUUGGCUGCACGGUGUGCCGAGUAUAAAGAUUGCGGUUGCGAUUUCACCAUGUGGCGUGCACAGUUUAACAUAGGCGAGCAUUCGCCUUCGUACCAGGCUAUAAUGGAUAAUGCCAAUAACUUGGCAAAAUUUGCGGCCAUCUCACAAUCGAAACGCAUGCUGCCGAUCUUAGAGGUAGAUGUAGUGCCAUCGGAUGACAAUGAUAUGGAACGUGCUGAAAAAUGCGCCGAGGCAAUUUUAAUAUUCAUUUAUAAGUCACUUUGUGAUCAUCAUGUCAAUCUAGAGGGUACCAUACUAAAAAUUCCAGCGUUAAAUGCGGGUCCGAAGUGCACGAAACGAUAUUCGCCCGGUCAGAUCUCAAAAACAACAUUACGCUUACUGAGGCAUGUCGUGCCCGCUUCGGUCGGUGGUAUCAUUUUGCGUGUGGAUGGCAAGACGGAAGAUAAAAGUCUUUGCCUGCUGAACGCCACAAUUAUCGAUCCAUCGCCCAAACCGUGGCCCAUAAUAUUCAGCUUCGAUGGCAUAUUACAGUCUUCGAUUAUGAUGGCUUGGGCGGGUCAGUGCAAAAAUAUGCAGAAGGGUCAACAAGAGUUUCUUAAAAUGCUGGAUGCCUUUUCCAAAGCUGCUCAGGGCGCUUAUACACCCGGUUCAAUGAAAUCACUAGCCGAUCAGUGUUACUGUAAAAAAGCUUUUAAAGCUCUGAAAACGAAACCUGAUCCGCUACCUGAUGAUUGUGUUAGAUUUGAUGAAAUAUGUCGACCUCCCAUUCUUAUGCCCAAUAUUGCGCCUGCACCAGUUGCAACUGUAGAGUCCACUGUAGUUGUCGCGAUCACCGCAAUUAAAACAGAGGAUAUGUUAUUGGCCCUUGAACCUGCAACUGAGUUAGUCGAUGUCGAUCCAGCAAUUAAAAUAGAAGAAGCGAAAUCGGCCACAGAAGCUGCACCAGAGGCCGCUCCAACUGAGCAAACAGAGAAUCCACCAGCAGAUAGUCAGUAGAAAUGGAGUAUUAAAAGGUGAUAUCUAACAGCAUUUACCGGCGAAUGGAAGUAGGAGCAUAACGUGGAAGUAAAAUGGAUGUCAAAAGUUUCGAAAUGAAACCGUUAUUUUUCACUAUUGAAACAAAGAAAUCACAAACGUUAGUUCAAAUAAUAUAUUUUUCGUAGGGAAUCGCUUUAGUGAACUUUGGCCUGAAAGUCACAAAAGUUAAAGAACAAAAUUAUAUUAAAUAGAACGAAAUGAAAUUGUGGCAUGGUAAAUCCAUUAUAAUAAAUUCUUAAACCUAAGCUCUGAAAUUAUGAGUCCAAAUUGCUUAAAGCAAAGAUCGAGCAGCCUUUGUCGACUUUAUAGAAAUUAAAAAUAUUCUUAAACUCAAAAGUGCCUAAAAUAUAAACUCCGAAUUUUGAUUUUUUGUAA